AUGGCACCUCCUACUCCUUCCCAGGCAGAACUGCAGCAGUUCUACAUCGGCAAAGACAUUAGUAAUGUCCCUAAGCCUGCUGCCGUCCUUGACGUAGCAAUCAUUAGACGACAUUGUGAGACUAUGCUAGACACAAUUAACCAGCUUAACGUCGGAUUCAGAGCCCAUGUCAAAUCUCAUAAGACCCCGGAGAUCGCCAAGCUCCAAAUUGGCGACAUGAAUGAGGCCAAUUUCAUAGCUUCUACCACCCUGGAGAUCGAGAUGAUGGUUCCGCUUCUACUGGAGUUGAAGCAAAAGGGAUGUCAUAUCAACAUCCUUUAUGGGAUCCCCCUCGUCCCAUCACAGGUUCCGCACCUCGCCAAGGCAGCUCGCGAGCUAGGCAAGAAUAGCAUCUCGGUAAUGAUCGACCACCCAGAUCAAGUGCCCUUCCUAGAAGAAUUGUCUGCUUUGGCAGGUCACCCAGCAUGUGCAUUCGUCAAGGUCGAUACAGGCUACCACCGUGCCGGCUUGCCGCCUGUCUCUCUCAACAAAAAUGGGCUGUUGGAGAAACUCUCGCUCGCAGAAGAAGCCGGUCGCGUGUAUAUUCUUGGAUUGUACUCGCACAGCAGCUUGAGCUAUAGCGGAACCACCCCGGAGCAGGCGAUGAGCCAUUUGAUCAGUGAGAUCCAAGGAUGCAAAGAUGCUCUGCAGAAGAAUUUGCAUCUCCUGCCAAAGAGAGAUCUGGUAAUCAGCGUGGGCGCCACACCCCAGGUUGUCUCCUCUCAAAAUUUGUUGCGGAAUGACACCUCUUGUGCAGAAGCGCAAGAGUUGAAGGCCUUAUUGAGCGAGACAAAUGUUGAGCUCCACGCCGGUGUCUAUCCCAUUCUGGAUAUGCAACAAUUUUCGACCCAUGCCAGCGCCGAUUUGGGGGAUCUGAGUGACGAAAUUGCUAUUUCGGUGCUUGCUGAAGUGUGCAGUGUCUAUAAUGAUGGUGAGCGUGCGAAGCCGGAGGUACUUGUUGCUGCUGGGACGCUCGCACUGGGCCGAGAGCCCUGUCCGAGUUACCCAGGCUGGGGAGUUGUUUCACCCUGGCGACAAGAGGGACGGGAAUUUAAUGCAUCGGAGAGGUUGAUUCUUGCUCGGAUCAGCCAAGAACAUGCCAUUGUGACAUGGGAAGGUAUCUCCCAGUCGAAGAUUCCUCUCAGAAUUGGACAGACCAUCAAAAUUCACCCCAAUCAUGCAUGUGUUACUGGCGCAUUUUAUGGAUGGUACUUUGUUGUGGACUCCGAUCAGGAUAGCGACGCUGCUCGUGUUGUGGAUGUAUGGGUUCGGGGUCGUGGUUGCGGAAUGAGGGCCUGGUAG